UUUCUCAGCAUGUGUAGUUUGCCAGACAUGCUCUGUACUACUUAACAAGAUUGUUACCACAUUCAAGUAAUUUUCAUAUCAUUUGUCCUAAAUCAGUGACAACAUUCAGGAAACAUGGAUUUUAAUGGAAUACCAGUACCACAAAGUCAUGGCUAUCCAACCCCUCCACCAAUGGGUGGUCCAGCAGAUGUAAUGGGACAUGGAGAUCCAAUGAUGGCUCCAGGCAUGCUAGAGGAACACUAUGCACCACCCCCACAUGACAACAAUAUGUACCAGCAAGGACCCCAACACCAUGACAUUGGCCCCUACUCAGAACUUCAUAGUAUCCUGGUAGAUGGAGGAGACAGGUUUGGAGUUUCCCACUUGUGUUUUGAUACUCAGGAUCUGCUGUGGAUGGGAAAUCAAGGAGGUCAUGUGACAUCUUACUACGGCACAGAGCUGCAGAAGUACACUUCAUUUCAGAUUCACAAUUCAGAGGAUAUUCGGCAGAUUGUUCCUCUGGAGCGUGGCAUCUUGUCACUUACCCAGGGCAGUCUUCGUUGCUCACUCAGACGUGGGCUUUCAGUUUUCACAUAUACUGGUGCCAACAUGCACAACAUGCAGUGUAUGCUGAUGACGAGUUCUCACUCUGUGCUGAUUGGUGGACAUCAGACAAAAGCUCUUCAGUUAGACCUUGAAAUGCUCAAGGAAAUUAGAACGAUUGACAUACCAGAACCAGGAUGUGCUAUCUUCAGAAGUUCCAAUAAAUUCAUUUGUGCUGGCGACACAGGUGGGAAGGUGACCUUGUAUGACCCCAACACGAUGAAUGCGGAACAUGUACUGGAUGCUCAUAGUGGUACAUUGUCAGAUUUUGAUGUACAGGGUAAUCUGCUAGUAACGUGUGGAUUUUCUACACGGUUAAACAAUAUGACAGUUGACCGUUUCCUUAUGGUGUAUGACAUGCGUGUGAUGAGGGCAAUGUCUCCUAUUCAAGUGGUCAUAGAUCCCAUGUUCCUCAAGUUCAUUCCUUCCUUUAGUAACCGCAUAGCCCUCGUGUCACAGGCAGGACAAUUCCAGAUCAUAGAAACUACAGCCAUGACCCCUUCAGCCAUGAUGAUGUAUCCCAUCAACACACAAGGAGGUUAUGUCACUAGCUUUGAUAUCUCAUCAUCCUGUCAGGCACUGGCCUUUGGGGACACUGGUGGUUAUCUGCACUUGUUUGCGACGGGAGAACAAGCAGCCUUCAACACAUAUCAUCAUGCUCCUGAGUUUGCUGACCAUCUGGAACCUCUGCAGCAUAUUUCUUUAUCAGAUGAACUGACACCUCUAUCUAUCAUACCAAUGGUUUAUCCUACAAAUGGAACUCUGCUCUCUGAUUGGCCUGACCACCUGUGUGAGAGGACCUACAGGAAGCCGAAGAAAAUCGACCCUGAAAUACUGCGUAGCAUGAAAAUCCAACACAAUGUUGGUUAUGCUAAGAAUCUGGGAAAGGAAUGUCGUAACCAAACCCCGUACUUGAUGAAGUCAGAGAAGAAGAAAGGAAAAUCGGGUGUCCCAGAGUCACCAUUAGGCAGAGGUGAAGAUCCAUUCUUUGUGGUGCCGAAACGUUUCAGGAAGGUAGACCUGAAGUACUCUAAACUUGGCUUGGAAGAUUUUGACUUCAGACUUUACAAUAAAACACAUUUUGCUGGACUGGAAACACAUAUUCCUAAUGCCUACUGUAAUUGUAUGCUCCAGGUGCUGUACUUUAUAGAGCCACUGAGAUGUACAUUACUGAGUCACCUGUGUGAUAAAGAGUUCUGUCUAUCCUGUGAGCUAGGUUUCCUAUUCCAGAUGCUGGAUAAACAGAAAGGCCAAGCAUCACAGGCCAGUAACUUCCUGCGUGCGUUUCGAACAAUUCCGGAGGCUGCAGCUCUUGGACUGGUCUUGGCAGAGAAUGAGGAAAAUGAAGGGCACAUUAACUUGUCAAGACUGAUUCAGAGCUGGCAACGCUUUAUGUUCCCACAGAUUCACUCCGAAAUUCUUCAGAGAACUUUGAUGGAGGAUUCAAAAGAAGAGGCAGGGGAGGGAGCGAAUAAAACAGAGGAUGAAAAAUCCUCAGACAAACCCACUGAAACUACACCACCAAAGUCGAGGAAGAAGAAGAAAAAGAAAGGAAAGAAGAAAGGAAAAGAACCUACUGAUGAAGAGGAUAAAGAUAAGGCCGGCUCUCAAGGCGAUGAGAAGGAAGUGCAGGAACCACCGUGUGAAGAGAUAUAUGAGGAGACAUCAGUUUUGUCCAGUCUAAUGCAUCUGAAGAUGGUGACAACAUUAAAAUGUCGAUGUGGCCUUGAGACACAGAAAAUGUCUGACAACGCUCUCAUAAACCUUUCUUAUCCUGACUGUUCUCCGCCAGGUCCAAACAAGCCGCCCGUUAUGUUCACAUUUGCCCAGGUACUGAAACAUAGCAUGAUGAUGGAGCAGACCACGCAGGCUUGGUGUAAUGAGUGUGGUCGAUACCAACCUCACACUCGACUGAAAGUCAUACAGAAUCUUCCUGAUAUUUUGGCAUUUAACUGUGGACUAGAAAAUGUCAGAGACUUUGAAUUUUGGCUUAUUCAACAAAUGUUGAUCAAACAACAGAGAGAAGAGAGUGGAGAGAGUCUGUCUAGUACCAAUUCAGCACCCCACAUGUCCAGUUCUACCCAGGUUAUGUGUCGCUACGGACGCUCAUGUACCAGGAAAGGAUGUCGUUUCAAGCAUGAGCCUGGCCACGGAGAUAAAGACAAGGAACCAGAAGAAGACAUGAACUCUAUCUGGAUUCCUAUGGGCCUCAAAGUAGAACUCACUAGUGAAGGGAGAGUAGAAUUGGUACAAAUUCCAGAUGACGAACCCUUGCCAAAGGAGGAAGAUCCAAAUGUGAAGUAUUAUGAACUGUAUGCAACGGUGGCCCAUAUAAAGGACUCAAAGUCUGGCGGGAAUCUGGUGACACACAUCAACGUGGGAGAGACAUACCACUUCCGUAAGGAAAAUGUAACCUGUACACAGUGGUAUCUCUACAACGAUUUCUCUAUUACACCAGUAGAGAAACAUGAAGCAGUGCAAUUCAAUCUGGACUGGAAAAUACCUUGCACAAUUUAUUUCAUGAGAAGACAGGUUCAUAAACACUACGACAUACCAGUGAGGAAUCCAAUCUCGGCUGACAUUUUGUUUGAGGAUGUUGCUCUAGUCAACCCCCAAAGGAGAAAAGUGUCCUUUACACCUCUUUCUCCAGAAGAGCUCCCCAAAGAAGGGGACAUAAUUGCUCUUGAUGCUGAGUUUGUUUCACUGAAUCAGGAGGAAUCAGAGCUGAGAAGUGAUGGCACGAGGUCUACUAUUAAGCCCAGUCAUCUUACUGUUGCCAGAAUAUCCUGUAUCCGAGGACAAGGAGAAAAAUGUGGGGAACCAUUCCUUGAUGAUUACAUAUCUACACAGGAACAGGUUGUUGAUUACUUGACCCAGUAUUCUGGAAUCAAGCCAGGUGACCUUGACCCCACAGUGUCCUCGAAGCACCUAACAACCUUGAAAUCGACAUAUCAGAAAUUGAGAUAUCUGGUUGAUGCUGGUUGUCUGUUUGUAGGUCAUGGGUUAAAGAAAGACUUUAGAGUGAUCAAUAUCAGAGUUCCUAAGGACCAGGUGAUAGACACCGUUGAACUAUUCCAUAUUCCUCGUCAGAGGAUGAUCUCCCUCAAGUUUCUUGCAUGGUAUUUCCUCAAAUUGAAUAUUCAGUCAACAACUCAUGACUCUGUUGAGGAUGCCCGUACUGCUCUUCAACUCUAUCUCAAGUAUCAGGAGAUGUCCAAAGAAGGAAUGGACAAGGUCCGGGCCACCAUCAAGGAAAUGUAUGAAGAGGGUCGUCGCAUUCAGUGGAAGAUCCCAGACUUGGAGGAGGAACAGACUGAGGAACAAGUGGCACUGUUGUGAUUAGUAUAAUAUACUGGGAAAGUGAAAGAAGACACUGAAAUGGGUUUUCAGGGCAGCAUGAUAUUCAAUUAAGUAUUUUGUAUUAAUGGCUUGUAAAAUGAAUAUACUUACAGAAUGAGAGUAUAGCAUAUCAUUACUGCUGUGUGAUGUACUGGUAAAGUACUUUUUUUUAAUUAUUCAUUUUGAAAGGUGACUGAAAUGAAACUGAAAUUCACUACAGUCGUUUGUCUGCUGUUUUCUCCUUCAAUAGAUCAUUGAUUACAGAAGUAUUAAUAUGAAUAAUAUUUAAAGUAGAGAGAGGUUAUGCAGUCUAAAGUGAACGUAGCAAACUUGAGAGAGAGUCUAUGAUUGAAUGUGAAAAGAUAGUGGUCAUUUGCCUGACCACAUGAGUUUUUAAAAAGAUAAUGGUCACUUUCCUGACCACAUGGGUUUCUAAAAAGAUAACGGUCUUUUGCCUGACCACAUGGGUUUCUAAAAAGAUAAUGGUCACUUUCCUGACCACAUGGGUUUAUAAAAAGAUAACGGUCACUUUCCUGACCACAUGGGUUUCUAAAAAGAUAAUGGUCACUUGCCUGACCACAUGGGUUUCUAAAAAGAUAAUGGUCACUUGACUGACCACAUGGGUUUCUAAAAAGAUAACGGUCACUUUCCUGACCACAUGGGUUUCUAAAAAGAUAGUGGUCACUUGCCUGACCACAUGUUUUUUUCUGCGGGUACUCCUGUCAAUAAUAUCAGCACUGCCAUAUUGCCAGAAAGAGGGAUCAAUAUAAGAUAUUAUAUUUUGUUCACCAUUUUGGUAGAAAUUCAUUUAAUGAGACAAUACAUUUUACUGAAUCAAAUUUCAUUAAGAUUCUUGCUUGUUUAAGACUUUUAUUUUAUUUUGUAUAAUGGUUUCACUUCAACUUUUUCCUUGAAAUGAACCUUGAGACAUAGCUGCACAUAGCUGUUUGGAUUUUUGUAUGAGAUGGUAGAAAGCUGUCAAGACAUUAGAUUCACCGACUUUCAUGGUUACUAGAGAUCAAUAUAUGUCUUCUAUAGAACUACAAAAAUGUUGGCUUUUGUGCUGUAGUUUCUGGGACAAGUGGAAAGUUCAUCAAUGAAAAUGCCAUCAAACUAAAAGUGUUAAAGAUGAAAUUCAGCAACGAGGAUAACGUUUGGUGUUUUGUAACGAUUGCAUGGAUUUAAUUUUGAGAAGGAUUCUGUUAUUUAGUCAAAUACACCUUUGGAAAUAACUGUAGAAUGACCAACAUGACACAUAAUACGGAUGUUUUUUGUAGAAACUUUGGGCUUUGUAAUCUAGGAUUAUGUAAAUAAUUUCAAUGUUGAAUAAAAUGCAAUAUUUUCAACUGCGCAAUAAUUUUAUGAAAAAAAUGUAUAAAACAAGGUAAAGGCAAGGCCAAGUAUAUUUGUUGUGAGAAAUUUUGUGUACUAUACAGCAGACAUAGUGCUAAUCAUGGAUGAAUGUUGAGGCAUGUAUUCACAAAAGUUGAAAAAUAAAAUUGUGAAACAC